CUGGGGCUUUAAACAUGGCGGAGCGCAUGGCCGCACGUUUGGCCGCGCAGGAACGGCAGAUCGAGGCGCUCAGCGAGGAGAUCAGCCGGCUCCGGGAUGCGCUCGGUGGCGGCGGUUGCUUUAACGCUGAGCUCGCUCGCGGCGGUGCCGAGCUCGAGGACCUGCGGAGCGAGAACGAGAAGCUCCGCUACCGGCACGCGCACCUACAGCGCGCGCUCCGGGCCGAGCUCGAGCUCGAGAAGCAGCAGGGCCAGGCCGGCGCGCGCACAGGCCGCGAGAAAAAGACCAACGCGUUGGAGAGCGAAACGCCAAAAGUAAAUGCACCCCAGAAGACACACCAGCGUACUGAACCGGCGAAGCCUCCAGAGGUCCAGAACACAACAGAGAAGAGCAAGAAGAAGGAGAAACCCAAAGUACAGGGAGGAGGAUCAGGAGAGCUGAACCCAUGGCCUGGUUACAUAUCUGAGCGCUUGGAGCUCUAUGAGAGACUGAAGAAGGAGAGCGAUGCUAAUCUGGCCAAGCAGGCAGCAAACAGCAAACCUAUCUCCGUCCAGCUGCCUGAUGGACAGAAAGUGGAGUCUCGAUCCUGGGUCACCACUCCUUACCAACUCGCCUGCGGUAUCAGUCAGGGUCUGGCUGAUAACUGCGUGAUUGCCCGAGUGGACGACGAGUUGUGGGAUUUGGAUCGGCCCUUGGAGAAAGACUGCUCUCUGGAACUGCUGCGCUUCGACAAUGAAGACGCCCAGGCUGUGUACUGGCACUCCAGCGCCCACAUCCUUGGAGAGGCCAUGGAGCGCUUUUACGGAGGCUGCCUCUGUUACGGGCCUCCCAUCGAGAACGGCUUUUACUACGACAUGUUCCUGGACGGCCAGAAAGGAGUUUCGAGCACGGAGUUCGGAGAUCUGGAAACACUCUGUAAAGGCAUCAUGAAGGACAAGCAGCCCUUUGAGAGACUGGAGAUUAGCAAGAAGACACUACUGGCGAUGUUCAAGUACAACAAGUUUAAAUGUCGUAUCCUGAAUGAAAAAGUCACUACCCCGACCACUACUGUGUACAGAUGUGGUCCUCUCAUCGACCUGUGCCGAGGCCCUCACGUACGGCAUACAGGAAAGAUCAAAGCACUGAAGGUCUAUAAGAACUCGUCCACGUACUGGGAAGGCCGAUCAGACAUGGAGACGCUCCAGAGGAUCUACGGGAUAUCCUUUCCCGACUCUAAGAUGCUGAAGGAGUGGGAGCGCUUUCAGGAAGAGGCCAAGAACCGAGACCAUCGGAAAAUCGGAAAGGAUCAGGAGCUGUUCUUCUUUCAUGAUCUGAGUCCAGGCAGCUGUUUCUUCCUCCCACGUGGAGCCUACGUUUACAACACUCUCACCGAGUUCAUCAGGGAGGAGUACUGGAGGAGAGGUUUCCAGGAAGUGGCGUCUCCAAACAUCUACAACAGCAAGCUGUGGGAGACGUCGGGUCACUGGCAGCACUACAGCGAGAACAUGUUCUCCUUCCCCGUGGAACAGGACAUCUUCGCCCUCAAGCCCAUGAACUGCCCUGGCCACUGUCUGAUGUUCUCUCACCGGCCGCGCUCAUGGAGGGAGCUUCCCCUCAGACUGGCGGAUUUUGGUGUCCUGCACCGUAACGAACUCUCAGGGACUCUGACGGGACUCACCCGCGUUCGCCGUUUCCAGCAGGACGACGCUCACAUCUUCUGCACUAUGGAACAGAUUGAGUCAGAGAUGAAGGGCUGCCUGGACUUCCUACGCUGUGUCUACGACGUCUUCGGGUUUUCCUUCCAGCUGCAUCUGUCCACGCGGCCGGAGAAGUACCUCGGGGACAUCGCCGUGUGGGACCAGGCUGAGAAGCAACUUGAGAACAGUCUGAAUGAGUUCGGAGAACCAUGGAAGCUAAACCCAGGCGAUGGAGCUUUUUAUGGGCCAAAAAUUGAUAUCAAGAUUAAAGAUGCUAUCGGGCGUUAUCACCAAUGUGCCACCAUCCAGCUGGACUUCCAGCUGCCUAUUCGCUUUAACUUAACUUUCAUAGGGAAGGAUGGGGAUGACAAAGCCAGGCCUGUGAUUAUCCACCGCGCUAUCCUGGGCUCGGUAGAGAGAAUGAUCGCCAUUCUCACAGAAAACUAUGCUGGAAAAUGGCCGCUCUGGUUAUCUCCUCGCCAGGUUAUGGUAGUGCCUGUUAAUCCGUCCCUUGAAGAAUAUGCUACUCGGGUGAGCAAGCAGUUUGCAGAGGCGGGCUUCAUGGCUGAUGCAGACCUGGACUCGGGCUGCCUUCUGAACAAGAAGAUCCGCAAUGCUCAGCUGGCCCAGUACAACUUCAUUUUGGUUGUCGGUGAGAAGGAGAAGAUGACUAACAGCGUCAACGUGCGCACGAGGGACAACAAGGUCCACGGCGAGCUGACCGUGCCCGAGGUUCUGGCUCGGCUCUCUCUGCUCAAACAGUCGCGCUGCAGGAACGCCGAGGAGGUCUUCUAAAAAAAAAAUAUUAUAAAAAAAAUGUGUGGGCCUGAUUCCAAUUAGAAUUUUAAAAAGCCUCUUGCAUCUUUAUUAUUUUUCAGUAGCAGCUGUUUGGUACCAGAUAACAACUUGACUAGGGGUGUUAUGGUGUUACGGUGACACGGUUAGUCACAGUGAUGACUGGAUGCUUACCUCAUUGUUGAAUGCAUUUCCAUUCAUCACUGCCUGUUUUGAUUUCUUUCCCCAAAUCGAGUUCAUUUCUUUACUCCAGAGGCUCUGGUUUCUUUAGUGAAUAGUAAAAUUUCACAGCAGCCCACGUUGCUCUUUGUAAACGUGUUACCGUGCUACCUCUGCUGUACGAUGAUGUGAAGAACUUGUUAAAAUACAACACUGUUAACCAAACAACUAUUUAUUUUAUGUCAAGGAAGAUCUUCUGCAACUUUUUCCCUCAGAAUUUGAUAAAUACUGAGAGAGAAGUAAUUUCUCCCAAAAUAUAUUUUUAGUAAUGAACAAUUACACCAGGGGCGAGGGUUCAAUUUCCACUUGGGGUCUGUGUGCUUGGAGUUUGCUUGUUCUCCUCGUGCUUGGGUACUCUGGUUUCUUCCAACAGUCCAAAGACAUGCAGAUUAAGUUUCUCAAAAUUGCUCGUAGUGUGAGUGAGUUUGUGCCCUGUAAUGGACUGCACCCUGCCCAGGGUGUACCCCACCUCAUGCCCUUAGUCACCUGGGAUAGGUUCCAGAUCUAACAGAUCUAACUCUGUAUAACCGUAUACAGUAGAAUGAGGGGAUUAAUUAUUAGUAUUUUUAUUAUUAUUUUUUGCUAUUAUACUGUAAACAUUUCUAAAUGUAACACCCCUAGGCUGUCAUUAUCGUUAUUAAACACUAUUUUAUAAAUGGGAGGGAUAAAAAGAGGCUUUGUCAUUGGAUUGGAAUCAGGUAAAAAGCACAAAAACAGAAACAGGAAAAGCAGUCGAUGUUCUAGAGCGUGGGAUGUAAUGACGGAUGGAGUUUAACAAACAGCAUUUCAUGGAAUGUAUUUGUAAAAGUAAAUAAGAUUUCUGUUAUGUACCGUAUGAUGAAGGAAAGAUGAUUGCACAGUGCUUUGGUUCUGUAGGCAAGCGGGAAGCAGUUGGUAGAGGUGACAUUUGGCUUGCACACUUGUGAAUGCAGGAAACCAUUUUGACAAAAUGUCAUCAAAGUGAUGUUUUAAUUUUUUUUUCAUUCAGCCUCAAUGGCGCUGAAUGAAAGAACAAACAGAUGGUGAGUUCGGUACAGAUUGUUAUGAUGGAAAUUGUGUUGUGUUAAAGGGAAGCUUUCUUUGAUUGAGUAAAAUAUUGAAGUGAACCAUUGAUGACUGCUGGGAAUAAAUGAAGAAUAAACAAUUUUCAGAGACAGUUCUCCUGAGGUAA